ACUGCAGAUCACAGUUUCGGCAUCCUGCGAGCUGCACCACAGCCGACCUCCUCCUGCGAGAGUAUGAUCGUAAGAACUGCGAACCCUCGCGUCAAAUCUCCGCCGAGCUGCCUUUUUUGUUGCGUGAACCACUCUAGAGCGUUUCGGACCUGUUUGCGCAGGUAUCAAACUGCCCGACUUCAAGUCUCCCUGCAUAUCAUGUCGUCAGCCGCGCCUUGUUCUCAAUCCUUCCAUGACCUUCACCAUGUCGGGUGAACUUUCCCCCACAUGAGUCAUGUACUUUGCAAUUUGCCAUUGAAACUUUGCAGAAGAACAUGUCCACGGACGACGCUUUCGCGGUCCAUCCGACAGGCGUCAUCGCCGUCACCGUGAUGUUAGUGAUCGUGCUGCAACUUUCAUGGCUGCAUCGAGCACUGGCAAUCUCUUGGACCGCUAAGGCGACACGUACGUUGCCCCUGGCCAGUUCACCAGCGUUGGUUCCAUCCAGUGCGCGAAACUCUGCUCCUCCACUUGACGGUGCCCAUUUUGCCCUCUCCCUUCGAGAAUCCAUGUUUGUCGCAGGUGCCAUGGUAAAUGGCAGCUACACCCUAUCGUUGAACUUGACGCUGCACCAUCCGAGUCCAUCUCCGUUAUCCACGCCCAUCAUGCACGCAGCGUUGGCACAAUUGCAAGCUCGCCACCCACUUCUCCGAACCAAGGUAGUCCCGUACGACAGCAGCGACAACCCCUUCGUCCUCCAAGUGGAUCAUUCCCUGCGCAUUCCCUUCAUCGAGUUGCCAUCGAGUGCAUCGAUGGCGGAGCAAUGGGCCCGGCACCGAGGUGCCAAAUUGGCGUGCAGCGAACCUCUCAUUCGCAUCCUCUGGCAGCCUCAAGGCAUGUCCACGCAGGUGGUGUUUCUCCUACACCACGCGAUCGGCGAUGGGCGAUCUCUCAGCUGCCUUGCGCACGACUUUCUCAGCAUUCUCGGCGCACAGGCCGAAGGAAGGUCGGGCCUAACGCUGCCCCCCCUUGCCCUCAUGCAAAGCUGCGAUGACGUGGCAAUACGAGCAGUGCGAUCGCAUCCGCUUCGAAGCCUCCGAUCGAUUGCCCAUACCAUCUUGUGUGGAAUUCGUGGACGCAGGGCGUUUGCGUUCCCGAUCGAUGCGGCGGCGGCAGAAACGUUCGUCACCUUGAAAAGCAAUGCCCCUCUCGGCCUCACGUCCCAAUUCGACGCGACAACGACAGCUCAACUUGUAGGCGCCUGCAAGGACCAUCGAGUCAGCGUCACGGCAGCUCUUGGCGCUGCACUCAUGCACGCUGUGGCCGACAUGGCGGCGACCGCAUCAUGGCCUACAAGCAAAGUCUCUCUCGGCACGGUUGCCGAUGCCAGGAGCCUGGGCUCGGUGGAUAAUAGCCCUGUUGCACGGGAGCACCUGGCGUUGUUUGCAACCGCCUUGCCGGUCUUCUCGCUAUUGAUACAAGCGAAAGACGCGGCAUCAGAGUCGCUGCGGUGGCCCACGGCAGCGGCUUACGCCGAGCACUUGAACGACUGCACGCAGCGCCAGGACGGACUCGUCGUUGGCCUUCUCAUGGGGCUAAACAUGAAGCACAUGAUGCAGGCACCGCGGCUCACGAUGGGGCGGCCGACCCUCAUCUUGUCCAACUCGGGCGUCCUGCCCAAGCUUCAAACAGAGUACGGGGGCGUGUUGAAGGUAUCGCGCGUCCACGUAACGAGCAAUCAACUGUACAGCUUCCCCAAGGUCAGCGCUUCCACGAUGGGUGGCGUCCUGACUCUCAACUUUGACGGAGUCGCUCCAAUCAUCAAGCCCAACGAUCUCGCAAUUCUUCAAGCAAGAACGGAGUGGCACCUGCGUGCGAUGGCUGCCAGCUAACGACA